AUGACCCAACAAGUAAGCAAUCUUGUUUCACCUCGUGUUGAACUUGCUGCACCAAUGGUGGACCGCAUUACAUCAACCUUUGCUUUGUCGGGAGAUAUUUCAAAAGAUGCAUCAAAAGAAACUAUCCCCAUAAAGAUGUACGCAAUGCCAUCUUCACAUAGCCAUCUGAUAGACUUUGAUCCGAUUUGCGAAUUCUACCAUCAACCAUCAAUGAAAUAUGCUUCAGAUCUUCAAAUUAAACAAUUAACGGAAACAGAUCAUGUCAAACUGGCGGGAAAAAAGGUGCUAUUUUUCGAUAUGGACAAUUGUCUUUAUCCGCAAUCUUCCGGUAUUUCGGAUGUUGUGAGACAGAGGAUAUUAUCAUUCUGUGCGACUGUUCACAACAUGUCUGAGGAAGAGGCCUAUUUUCUUGCACAAAAAUACCACACAGAUUAUGGUCUUGCCAUUAAAGGCUUACUUUUGCAUCACCCAGGCACGGACCCGUCGCAAUACGAUACUUUUGUUGAUGGUGGAAUCGAUAUUAAAAAAUCGCUUCCAAAUCACUCCCCAAAGAAAAUAAUUAAUCUCUUUGACAAAAUUAAGACAUUUGGAAUCGAACAUGUGUGGAUUCUUACGAAUGCAGGCUCAUCUCAUUCCCUGCAUACUUUGAGCUUUCUUUUUGGUGUCCAGUUUGAACGGUCCGAGCCUAGUUGUGCCUCUCCUUCUUGGUUUGAUGGAAUAAUCUAUUGUGACUAUUCUGUGCCAAACUUUCUUUGCAAGCCACAACUCAGCCUUUUCAGGGCCGUUACGAAAAUCGCCUCUACUCCGCAGGGUCAUUUUCCGGUGUUGAUUGACGACAGUUUGUCAAACAUUUAUGGGGCUCUUCGAUGCGGCUGGAGAGCAAUUUGGGUUUCCGAGGAUGCCCCAAAAGAUGCGGUUUUCUUGGAAAACGACCGUAAAUAUAUGCACUUUGAGGGCGAGAAAGACAAUUUUUUCAUUGUCAUCAGAACGGUUUACGACACCGCAAAUGUCAUUAAUUUUGUAUAA